UAACAUCAUCGCAGACUACAGAAUUAUUUAAAAAAACAAAUUAAUAUUUACCUUAAUAUUAUAAUUAAAAUGUACGUUUAGUAGAUUAAACAUAAUGAAAAAUACCAUAAUUGUUAGGAAAUAUUGUUACUUAUUAUAUUAUUAUUGAUCAUUGUAAAUAAGCCAUGUUCGCGUAAGGAAAUAAUAAUAUAAUAUUUUAUAAUGGAAUCUUCUGUAAGUGAAACUAAUAAACCACCGGGUCCAGAAAAUAAAGAAAAAAUUGAAAUAUUGUUAAAAGCAACUGGAAACGCACCAAUUUUGAAGACCAAAAAGUGGAUGGUCGAAAAGGAAAAAACAGUAGCUGCAAUAAAUGAGUUCCUGCGUAAAUUAUUGAAACUAGAUCCAUCUGAUUCCUUAUUUUUAUAUGUUAAUCAAGCGUUUGCUCCAUCUCCGGACCAGACAAUGAAAAAUCUUUAUGAUUGUUACAACACAAAUGGUCGCGUUGUUCUUUAUUACUGCAAAACACAAGCUUGGGGAUAAAUAUGUACACUUUGUAAGAAAAUUAUUUUUUGUUAUAAUUUAUAAGAUUUAUUUUAGUUAAUUUUCUAAUUAAAUAAAUAAUUUAAAAAUUAUUAUAUAUUUUUUUUAUAAUUACAUUGAUUAAAUAUACAUAGUUAGCAUAAUA